CAUGAUAAACUCCCCGGUUCUUGUCAAAUCACAAUAUCAACGUCCGAGAUCAGCAACUGGAACUUGCCUUCAAUUCUUUCUCACAAACUCCUUAGAAUCGAAGUCAAUCCACACAGGCUCACUGAGGAAUCCUCCUAUUUUCGUGGGCUCCUAGGUGGAAGCUUUAGUGAAUCUUGCCUCGAUUCUGUAUCAAUACAAUGGAGUUUGGAAUCAUUUGUGACUGUUUUAAGGAUCGUGUAUGGAUGCGAAGGGGAGAUUUCCUCUGACAAUUUUAUUUCUUUGAAUGAGGCAGCUUUGUUUUUUGGGGUGGAUAAACUUCUAGACAUGUGUAGACUAUGGUUGGCUGAAGUGACUUCAUACACCGGGCAUCAAUCACCACAACUAUUUCUAGAUGACUUGAUUCGCAUCUGGAAAUAUGGUCUUGAGCAUGCAUAUGAUUUCAUCCUACAGCUCUGCACAAGCUAUCUGGCGAGGAACUUUAUGUGGGCACUAAAUUUCAACUGUUACGCUGAUGUCCCAUACAAACUACUUUACUCCUGUAUCCGGCAUCCCGACUUAACUGUGGACAGCGAGAGGCAUUUUGCUGAUGCAAUUCUAGUUUGGCUCAAUGUGAAUGCCAUCGAAUCAGAGGACUGGAGGAGCAAUGACUUGUGUCGCCAGAUACGGAUAAGCCUCCUGCCCAUGUGGUUUGUUGCUGGAAAACGAAGGUGCCAAUUCUUUGCAAAGUUCGCUGAUGAAGCAACUGGAGCAAUUCUUAAGAUACAGAGACACCAUCCUACAACCUUGACAAAAAUCUUUAGAGAAGGCGAGUUGAAUCAGAUUAGAGUUCGUUUAACAAAAUAUACACAGAAAGUGGAUAUUUCCGGUUGCCCACAUAUUACGGCGGGGCUAUUUCUUCUAUCCGUUCACCCUUCAUCAAAUGCAAAUAGAAUUUUGAAAAAGAUCACUAAGAAGUCUUACAUUGAUCAUGUAAAGACUGGUGGGGAUGAUUUGAAGACCUUGCUGGAGCUGGGACAGAUCACAAUUUUUAAAGGAGUGCAGGAGUUGGAUAUUUCAAACUGCCCCUCUUAUUGCUUGGAGUCGGCAAUUGAGAUUUUGCGCAAGUCAUUUCCAUCGUUAAGAUCAUUAAGGGCGACAUAUUUUCUGAACUUCAAUGCUAAGAAAUUGCAUCAGUUAGUGCAGAAGUUCCCUCUACUGACCACAAUUGACCUUACUUUGGAUGUUGACCCCGUUAUACCUACACAAGUAUCUGUUAUGGUGUCCUCAUCAGUUCUGACACCAGAGAAAUCAACACCAACACCACGAUAUGACAUAUAUAAUCACCAGUGUGUUGGAAAGAUUGCAGAGGAUCUCCUGCACAAAUCAAAGAGGAGAUUAGAUGGAAUCAAGGAAGAAAUCGGAGGAAAUCAAUCACAAGCAAUUAGGAAGAUUAUAUACACGUUUUACCUUGUUUAG